GCACUGAGAGCCAAAAGAGCGAUUCGGCUCAGAGCCGCGCGGCGAUGCUUUUAUGCCGCAACCGCAGAGGCCGCGCGCGGGCGCUGUCAAUCUCCAUGGCAACGCUUUGAGUUUGGGCUGUAAACAAUGCGCCGCACGAACUGAAAACUCGGCUCUAAUCAAAUCAAACUACAAAACACUGGAAACCACAGUCACACAGUCUACAGUCCUCCGUCCGGAGUCGCGAAUCCUGCCCGGCCUCAUCAAUCACCGCUAUCGUCUAUGGAGGUCCUUGAAGACCAAAUCAUGCAGGACGUGCAGCCGCCUGAGCGGGUUCAGGCUGAAGCUCCGCCUGCUGAGAAGCCUUCAAGCAAGCCAAAGGAGAAGCCCUCGUCGCUCUGCAAAACACCUCCAAGUCUGAUCCGCAGCAAAAACAACGGCGCCGAGUUCCACCGUGGCAUGCUACUAGGAGAGGGCGGUUUCGCUCGCUGCUUCGAGGUCGAGGAUGAGAAUGGCGGAGUCUACGCUGCCAAAACGGUAGCGAAGGCAUCGCUGACUUCUACCAAAACUAGAAAUAAGCUACUCGGAGAAAUCAAAGUUCACAAGAGCAUGGAUCACCCAAACAUCGUCAAGUUUGUCGAGUGUUUUGAAGACAACCAGAACGUCUACAUUCUCCUCGAAAUGUGCUCCAACAAAACCCUGAUGGAUAUGCACCGUCGCCGCAAACGGUUUACCGAGCCCGAAGCAAGGUACUUUAUGAUCCAGAUCCUUGGUGCCGUGAAAUACAUGCACAGCCGCCGAGUCAUUCAUCGAGAUCUCAAGCUGGGUAACAUCUUUCUGGAUGAGAACAUGCAUGUGAAGAUUGGUGAUUUUGGACUCGCUGCGUUGCUACUGUCGGACAACGAACGGAAAAAGACAAUCUGCGGAACUCCAAACUACAUUGCGCCUGAGGUCUUAUUCGGAAAGCAGGACGGACACAGUCUAGAAGUCGAUAUCUGGUCUGUCGGUAUUAUUCUAUACGCGAUGCUAUGCGGGAAACCCCCGUUCCAGUCGAAAGAAGUCAAUAUGAUCUACAGAAAAAUCAAAGCACACGAGUAUCAAUUUCCUGACGGAGUUGAUAUCUCACCCGAAGCCAAGGACCUGAUUCAGGCUCUACUGAGUAAAGAUCCCAAAGCUCGACCAUCACUCGAUGAGAUCGUCGACCAUCCGUUCUUCUAUAAGGAGACCCCGUCAUAUCUGCCAGUGACUUGUCUCGAAGGUGUUCCCCACUGGAAAAACCUUACACCUUCCAUUUCUCGCCGUAACUUCCACAAGCUGGCUACGGCAGCUGGCAUCGGACCCGGCACACAGUCUGCCAGCGUUGGCGACCCCGUCACCGUCAAAGACGUCAUUCAGACCGCCGCACCCGCGGUUGUUGAUCAGAGCAAACUUAGCAACAUCUUACCCGAGUGCUUGUCCCCCAAGGUUUCAAACACAAAUCUGCGCAACAUCGUGACGAGUACGGCUCAAGAGAAGUUCAGCAAAGCGAGCGUUCGCUCAGCGCGAUCUCUGAAGCCUCUCUCGGAUCUUCCAAUCAACAAGUCAAGAGGUAACGAGUACCCGCCUCUGGGACGCGCAAGGCGUGUGACCGAAAACGACGGAUCGCCGCCUUCGAAGAAAGCUGCGCUUUCGAUGCGGGAUUCCGAAGCGCGCGAGCUGGGCGCAAUUCAUCAGCAAAGAAAAGAGGCAUCGUUGAGUCCUGUUGAUCAUCUUCUUGAAGUACUCACCAACGUCAAUCGGGCGCUUGAAGGAAAACCUGAGCGGGAGUCGGCGUGGGAUGGCAAGUUGGUUUACAUCGGUCAGUGGGUAGACUACUCAAACAAGUACGGCAUGGGCUAUCAGUUAUCAGACGGUUGCUCGGGCGUUUAUUUCAACGACGGAGCCACGUUGGUGUUGGAUGCCGAAGUACGGUAUCUUGAGUAUAUCUCGGACUCUAGCAAUCCGGCUGCUCGACGAGAGCAAUAUCCGUAUACCAAUAUGGAAAGCCUUCCCGCAGAUCUGAAGAAGAAGGCGCGCCUGAUGAAUCACUUUAGAGAGUACAUGCUUGCGAAUCUCUACAUAUCCGAGCAGGGCACGCACAGAUUCACCCCAGGCGACCAAGUGUCUUUCCUGUUUGACUACGCGCGAACGAAGCACGCGACCAUGUUCCGCCUCAGCUCGGGUGAGAUUCAAUUCAACUUUACGGAUCACUACAAGCUGAUUUUAGCGGACCGAGGGAAGGUCGUGCGGUUCAUGGACCCGUCUCGGAAUGCGAUUGUGAUGUCGACGUCCCAGCUCGUGCACCGUGCGCGAAAAAUGAAAAGCCACCAACAGCAGGGUCUGUCGGAAGGACACGAGGAGAAGAUACUCGAUCGCAUGGAUUUCAUCACGACGACACUGCAAAGCUGGUAUGACCUAGCGAAAAGCAGGCAUCAAGCGCAAUGAUACUACGCAUAGAGAGAGGGGAGAAGAAAAAAACAGCAGUGCUAUUGAUACUCUCUAGCCUGUUGUUCCAUCCGAGACGGACAUUGACCAAACCUUGUCCAGUGUUGUAUAAACUCAUCGGUUAUUAAUCAUUAAUUCUGCAUGCAUUGUGUGGCGCAUUAUUGUACAUUGUAUUAUUAAUAUCAGAUUACCUGCUGCUGUGCGAUUGUUGUCGGUAUCGUUAGAAAUUCAUCAUGUUUUGUUGCUAUGCGAAGAAGGGAGAGGAAGAGGGCGCGAGAGUGGUUUAGACCCAGCUUGAAAGUGUAAAAAGAGGCACGAUACGUUGAGACUGCAGCAGCAGACCAGUUACAAUAAAAAGACAUUCUUAAUCACAAGAUUAA